UGCGCGGACUGGGCUGACAUAAUUCUACGGAAGCACGAUACUGCAGCAGGAGCAGUUAGGAUGGGGAUGGCGCCUGAAAUGGCUGCGGAUGUGGCAGUUCGGAAAUUUUUUAGCCACCGGAUGGCCGUAGCCGAAGCUCAUGACUUUCUGUAUGACCUG